ACAGAUUUAAUAUUAUCCUUUUUAAUGAGCUUUUGUUUUCUCCUUCUCUCGUCAUCAUCGCGCGCCUCUUGUAACUUUUAGAUAUGUCUCUCGACGACAUGAUCGCCAAGAUCAAAGGGAACUGCUGAAGUGGUUUUCUCUCGGCGUGGUGAUGCGACUGCAGCUGUGAAGAAGUACAACGACGUUCAGCUCGAUGGAAAGCCCAUGAAGAUUGAGAUUGUGGGCAACAAUCUUCAAACCGCUUCUGCCACGACUGGUAGACCCGGGACCGGGAGUAAAAACUUCAGUGUGGGGGAUCAAAUUUAUACACUGGUCAUUAUGUGUUGUUAUAUGUAAAAGCUUCGUUGGUCUUGUGAGGUAUAUUGAAAUUAUGUUUGGUUAGCAGAGGAGGACAAGGGAGAGGUGGUCAACAACGUGGUACUGGUGGUCGUGGCAAGGGCCCAGCAGAGAAGAUAUCUGCUGAAGAUCUUGAUGCGGAUCUUGAUAAGUACCACGCAGCAGAUAUGGAGACUAACUGAGGAAGAGAAGCUACAAAACGUUUUGCCAAAAGCCUUCAUGGCCUUGUGUUGUUGAUUUUGUUUUACUAGAAUUUGCGAAUGUGUACUAGAUUAUGAGAUUGUUGUUUUAUCUUAAUACCCUCGAGUAAAAAGGCAGAGGAAGAAAAACGGGUUUCAUCUUCAGAAGCAUGUGCAGGCAAAAGGGCUUUCACGAGUUACGUUUUGUUACAAACUUACCGACUGAUCAUGAGGAUUAAGUUGUAUACAGAAGAGAUUGAUGUUUUUUUCUUUUUCAUUAAAAGGAUUCCUGGUAAAAAAAAAAUACACCAUCCUCUACAGCAAAAUGUAUUGUGUACAAUAACUAGAAUAUCAUUUCAAAUAUAUAUUCUUUCCUUAAUUGUUACUUUUUUUAUUCACUAACGUUUUCUGUACUUUCUCAUUUUCCUCUCUGCAAAGUAAUACCCUUAAGCACAUUGUUCAAGGGUUAAACUCAAAAAGAGAGCGCGAAUCUGAGAGAAAAGCAUUUUGUUUUAUUGUUGUUGGAAGAAAGCAUUUUUGCUUUGUUUGAUGGGAAACACAAUACGACUUAUUCUAUAUCUCUCUAUAAAGUAAUAACAAAAAUAAUUGUUCAAGAUUUAUUUGCGAAAUGGACAUCACCUAUAUUUGAAAAAGAAAACAAAAAAGAGAGUAAAUUUUAUUUUCAAAGGAAACAAAGAAUCAAAACCUUUAUUCGUUCAUCAAUAUAACAAAUCGUGUUUCGAUGAAAAUACUCGAUUCUUUGUUUCUUUGAAAAGAUAAAAGGUUAUUUUGCAAAUAACUCGUAUAUUGUUAUUAGUUUACAAAGGCAUAUAUAAUACCGUCUUCUCGUUCCAAUUCUGCAUCCAAUCAAACAAACCUCUUAAACUCACUCACAUACACCAAUCAACGCAUGGAUACAAUAACAUCAACAACAAUGUAUAAACCCUCCUUUCACGAUCAUCCUCUUUUCCUUUCACCUCGGUUUGUUUUCAGUUAUUGCUACGGAUGCAAAACAAGAGGAACCAUUUAUGGUGGCUACUAUUGCAAUGAUCCUAAUUGUUACGCUUGGUUCUUCCAUAAGAAGUGCGCUGAAGCCCCAUUGCAAAUCAACCACCCUUCUCACCCCCAACAUCUUCUCCUACUCACAAAGCAAUUGGGAGUUGGUGUAUGUGAAUUGUGUGGAGAAAGUAUUCACACUCCAUUUUAUAGUUGUUCCACAUGCGAAUUCAAAGUGAAUCUGAAUUGUGGGAUGAAACCACCACCAUCUGGUAUCGAACAUCCGCUAUGCCAUGACCAUCCACUUGUUUUAUUGAAGGAAGGAAAAAAAUUUUUCCGUUGUGAGGUAUGCAAGAAAUUUUUUUAUACAACACCAUAUUUAUGUCAUGAAUGCAAUCUCUACUUCCAUUUGGACUGCGUCAAUCUUUCAAAAGAGGUAAAUCAUCCUUGUCACUCUAAUCAUCCUAUAAAACUUUUUGCAUCUGAAAAUCUUAUGGGUGAUGCCGAAAAGAUUUGUUUUUCGUGUGAAAAACAAUCAGAAAAAUUGCUUUAUCAUUGUCCCACUUGCAACUUCAGCAUAUGCCUUGUUUGUACUAGAAACCCACCACCCCUUGUAAUUGACCAUACAAGGACCCACGUGCAUCCACUUACUCUUCUUUCGAGAACAAUGUCAUUUACUUGUGAUGUUUGUGGGGAAGAUGGAAAAGGGGGGCCUUAUGUAUGUCUUCAGUGUGCUUUUCUCACCCAUGGAGAGUGUAUCGACUUACCUCGUAUUAUCAGCAUCAAUCGCCAUGAGCAUCGCAUUUCUUUCACUCCUCAUCUUGGUGCUGGAUACUCGAAAUGUGGAGUUUGUCGCAAAAGUUUAAAUCAGUACCAUGGAGCUUAUUCUUGCUCUGUUUGUCAAAAAUAUGCAACUCAUUGUAGAUGUGCGCUAAGGAAUGACUUAUGGGAUCAUGUAGACUUGGAAGGUAUCCCAAAUCAUGAUGCCGAAUAUAUUGCACCAUUCAAAAAGGUGGGUGAUGACUUGAUAAUUCAUUUUAGUCAUGAAAAACAUCCUUUAAAAUUCUACAAGAAGAACAAGAUCCUUUAUGAUAAGUGGCUACAAUGUGAAGCAUGUAUGUAUCCAUUUGUAUUUGAAUCCAUCUAUGGUUGUGAGGAAUGUAGAUUUUUUCUUCAUGAUAGAUGUGCGAAUCUCCCUACGAAGAAAAAAAUUGCCUUCUCUCGCAAACCACACUCGUUGGAAGUUACUAACAAAGUUGUAACCGCAUGUAGAGAGUGUAGAGUAUUAUUUGAUGGUUUCAAUUACACAUUUCAUGGUGAUUGGAGAGUAGAUGUACAUUGCGGUUCUCUUUGUGAGCCGUUUAUCCAUGAUGGCCAUUUACAUCCCCUAUAUUUUUAUAAAAGAUGGGGUUCAAGUUGUGUUGCAUGUGAGGACAUUUUACAUGGCCGCUAUAUGAUGUGUUGUGAUGCUUGUGGCUUUGAUUUAUGUUUGUAUUGUGCUAGUUUGCCUACAAAGAUGUGGCACAAGAACGAUGAUCACCCUAUCACUUUACAUUGCGGUGUAAAGCUGAGCGAAAAAAGUUGUUGCGAAAUUUGUGAGAGGGAGUUAGAUCAAUGUAAAUGGUUCUACACAUGCUUUGACUGCGGAGUCACAUUUCAUACACGAUGUGUACGUGGAGAAUUCUCACGCCUGAAGCCAGAAAAGCUCAUUUUCUAUGAAGAAAAAGAAUUUGAGGUGGUUCGUAAUAAUAACAGCACUAGGCCAUUAUGCAGCCAGUGUCACUCUAGAUGCAAGGUCUCCGUCGUCCUAAAGGCUUGUGAUGGGGAUAAUGGAUACAUCUGUUCCCAUUUAUGUUUAACUAACUAUUUGGCUUAAUUGUGUGUGUGUGAAAACUGUAAAAAAUUGUAAUUAUGUUUCAUGGUUGUAUUAUUGCCAUUUGCUUUCACUAUCAAAUUUGACAAAUCUUAUUUCCAAA